AUGACUUUGCCAAGCAUUUUGCGGAACCUUCGAGAGGAAGUCAUUCGGAUGGCUCACGAGAAUUUGACGAAGGCCCAACAACGUCAGAAGGAGUAUUAUGACAAGCGCCGCUCGAACGUGACCUUCAAGGAAGGCGAUCAAGUACUGCAAGCGACUCGCAACCUGUCUCUAAAGCAUGCCCAGAUGCUCCACAAGUCCGAGCGUCCCAAGCUGGUUCCACGAUUCAUCAGUCCCUUUGAGAUUGUCCAAGCCAUUAAUGACAACGCCAUGCGCCUUAAGUUGCCUCGCUCGAUGUCACGUGAGCAUGACGUGUUCAACGUUGAUCGACUUAAGCACUAUCACCCCAACGAAGCCAAGUUUGCCUCCCGGCCUAUCCCGAAAACUACUCCUGUUGUUCUAGACGAAUCCACCGGCGAAGAAAUGUACAUUGUCGAGAAACUGCUCAAGAAGCGUCAGUUCAAUCGCAAGUUGGAGUACUUGGUCAAGUGGCAUGGACAGCCCGAAAGCGAAGCCACGUGGGAACUGAUGAAGGACAUCAAGCAUGUUUUGCACUUCAAACAACUCGUCCAAGACUUGGAGUCAAGGCGUUACAAGGUGUAG